AUGUAUAUGGCGUUACCUGUCCUGAUAUUCAUUGGCAAAUGCGUGGCGAUCGAUUUUCCUGCACGAUUAACCCAAUUCUCUCGUCAAAAUGCAAAUCAGCAAGUCAUGGAGCUCAGUGAACGCGGACUUCACCCAAUUGAUUCAAUUCGGUACGAGGCAUCCAUCGGACCAGUCACGGAGCCAUUAGAUCUAGAAAAUCCUCAAGGGGGAUUGAUACAGCUACCUUACCAACCAGGAAUCCAAGUGAGUGGAAGACAAGCAUAUCUGCGACCGGAUAAUUGGGUGAUGUGA